AUGAGGAGGUGCAACGAGGCAGAGAAAGAGGACGCCAAGAUGGUGCCGGCCUGGGAAUUAGUCACGAUCGCGAGCCGUCACACCAUCAUAUGUUCGCGACUCUUCGAACAUACCUUGGCUCGAUAUAGCCGUACUUGCUCAGAUAUCAAGGAACCACGCCCUCUCUGUCAAAUGUCGACACGUAGUAGCUCGGGACCCGGACUGAAAAGGAAACGGGCAACUCCUGGCUCGUCCCAGACGGCGAAGAAGCUGAAACUCCAAUCAUCGUUUGUCGCCGAAUCGCCAUUCCCUGAUUUCGAACACCCAACACCUGCGGAAGCGAAGGAGGUCUUCAAUCUUCUGUCCAAGGCACAUCGCCUCCGCGACCCCGAGCGAAGAGCACCUGUCGCAGGGCCCAACGCUGCACAGACCUGCGGCAAUGUGCCGAACGUCAUCGAGUCCCUGAUUGGGACCAUUCUCUCACAGAACACCUCGGGGACGAAUUCUGGCCGCGCGAAGACGAAUUUAGACGCGGCCUUUGGCCGAAACAAUUUUGCUGCUAUUGCCUCCGCACCUCUUAAUGAAGUCGUCGAAGCCAUUCGCUGCGGGGGGCUUGCGAACAAGAAGGCCGCGACGAUUCAGAAGGCUCUUCGGUCAAUCAAACAGCGUCACGGCCAAUAUUCCCUCCAGCACCUGGCCGCCGUCGAGGAAGGCGAGAGGAUGACCGACGACGAUAUCAUGAAGGAGCUCUUAGCGUACGACGGCGUCGGUCCCAAGACAGCGUCAUGUGUCCUAUUGUUCUGCUUGGGACGCGACUCGUUCGCCGUCGACACCCACGUCUUUCGUCUCAGCAAGAUUCUCGGCUGGGUGCCUCCGAAAGCGGACAGAAUUCUCACCCAAGCACAUUUAGACCUUCGCGUGCCUAGCGAACUCAAGUACGGCCUUCAUGUUCUCAUGAUACAGCAUGGUCGUGCGUGUAAAGGAUGCAAGAAGAUUGAUUCGGAGGAAUCCUGCAUCCUAAAAGAAUGUCUCAAGGCGAGAAAAGCGGAGGACGGCGACGACGCCCUGGAGGUAAUUGACGAUGAUGAAGACUGA